UCUGGUCACCCUGAUAAAAACGAUCAACUUCAAAAUUUUUUCUUCACAGAAUUGGAAAAUAGUAAAAAUAUGAUUCUGUGACUAUGGUUGAACACGUAAUUUAAUAUUUAUUAAUUUUUGUUUGCUCUCUGUAUAGUAGGUAGUUAGCAGAAUUGUGUGUGAUGUUACCUAUUUAUGAAUAAUUUGAUAAUUAGUUAUAAUUGUUCGUUACUGGACUAAAAAGUCAAUCAUGAGGGUUAAAAGAAGGAGAUAUAGCAGCGUAAGUGAUGAUGAUAAGCCGCUCAUCAAGAUGCUCGUCCGGCAUGAAGAUCACAACUCCUUCGACAGCUUGUGCCGUCACAAUCAACAGACAUGUGAACUCUGCGAUCAAGUUUUUGAAAAUAGGUAUUCCCAGAUAAUCCAUAAUAUGAAACAUAUAAUAAUACCACUUUUGAACCUCAACAUCCACCAAUGUAAACUAUGCCUGCAUCAUUUCACGAGCCAAAAAGAUCUAAACGAGCACACACGAAAAAAGCAUCCAAAAACUAAAAUAACUGAAUUAGAUCUAGUCAAGAAAGGAAAUUUACAAAUUAAGGAAGAACUUAAGACAAGUAUAAGAGAUCUGAAAGUACCAGUCAAUUUUUCUGACUUAAAAGUACCGCUAAAGUCAGAGUUAGUGUCAACCCAAGGCAGCAGUAUAGAAAGUGGUUCUAUAAAGAAUCGAUUGAUUUUCGAAGAUGAUUUGGUACUAAAUAGUGAUCUAUUGCUCAAUAACUUUACUGUUAACUGUCGGGUUAACUUAGAACCUUAUCCGAUGGUCAAUUGGCCUCAUCAAGACACUAAUUACGAUAUGGUCUCUGAUUUAAAAGUACCAAGUCGAGAGGUGGUACCGUUGAUGUCAGAUUUGGGUCGGUACAGUCCGAGUGUCCAUUAUGAUGAUUUGAUAAAGCCCGGGGUGUUUAGAUGCAAGAAAUGUGGCAAACGGUUUCCUGCUAGGUACGACGCGAUUAUACACGAAGCAUCACAUAUAAAAUUCAAAAAUACUCGCGUAACCCUAUGCGGUACUUGCAACGAGUACAUAGUUGGCAACGGCAAAAUAUUAAUGUUGCAUUAUCUUGCCAAGCACAAGCGUCAAAGAGAAAAUACACAAAAACACACAGAAAUUAAAAACAAUGGCAUAAACAAUGUAAAACACACUAUAACAGAGGAUUUAAGUAAAAAGGUUUUAUACGAAGAAGAUGAAUUAAUAUCCUAUUCAUCCUCAAAAACAUUAAUGCUAUGCGAUCUGUGCUUUUCGUUUUGUAAAAAUGGCGUAAGCAGGAGUUAUACUUGUGUUGGCACUGUCAACGAAUUGGGAAGGAGGAAUCCUUGCAGCAAAUGUGGCUCCUUAUUUUUUGAGGUUAAGUUGGUGAAACAGGAUAUUCACAUAAAGAGACAUUUGAAAGAUGCCAAAAAGCACGCGAAAAAGAAAAUGUCAAAUGAGGAGCGGCUGAGGUGUAUUAAAAAUAGAUUUAAAUUGUUGAGAAACUGAUUUGUUGUUUUAUUUUACCAAAAACCUGUCAUGUUUCAAUAGUGUUAACAGUUUGACGGCCACUUUAGAGGUCUACGGGCGGUUUAAAAGUCUGACACCAGGUUGUACAGUCGCCAUCAGAUAAUAAUAUAUAUUGUAGCAGACAAGGUUGUAAGUGUUCAGAUAUUUUUGGUUUAUAUUUUGUACAGAAAUUA